AUGAGUUCUGAUUCCGUUUUGAUUUAUAGCCAAAGGCUUGAUAGACGUGCAUGCAGUUCUGAGGAGGGAAGCAAAAGCGUGCGCGGCUGUCGGCUCUGCGUAUCGUCACGCCUUGUUGAAGCUGCAGAAGAUGCUUACCUGAAACAUGAGUUUGAUGCUGACUUACAGUAUGAAUACUUCAAUGCUGUGCUCAUAAAUGAAAGAGAUGAAGAGGGAAACUAUCUGGAGCUGGGGAAGGAGUUUAUUCUAGUGCCAAAUGACCACUUCAAUAAUUUGCCAGUGAACAUCAGUCUGAGUGAUGUCCAAGUACCGACCAAUAUGUACAAUAAGGAUCCAGCCAUUGUAAAUGGAGUUUAUUGGUCAGAAUCUUUAAACAAGGUGUUUGUUGAUAAUUUUGAUCGUGACCCUUCUCUCAUCUGGCAGUACUUUGGAAGUGCAAAAGGAUUUUUCAGACAAUAUCCAGGAAUUAAAUGGGAACCCGAUGAGAAUGGAGUCAUUGCAUUUGACUGCAGAAAUAGAAAAUGGUACAUCCAGGCAGCAACUUCUCCAAAAGAUGUGGUAAUUUUAGUCGAUGUCAGUGGUAGUAUGAAAGGGCUUCGCUUGACUAUUGCAAAACAGACAGUUUCAUCUAUUUUGGAUACCCUUGGAGAUGAUGACUUCUUCAAUAUAAUUGCUUAUAAUGAAGAACUUCACUAUGUAGAGCCGUGUCUGAAUGGAACAUUAGUUCAAGCAGACAGAGCCAACAAAGAGCAUUUCAGGGAACACCUUGACAAACUUUUUGCAAAAGGAAUUGGAAUGCUGGACAUUGCUUUAAAUGAAGCUUUCAACAUGCUCAAUGAAUUCAAUCACACAGGACAAGGAAGUAUUUGCAGCCAAGCCAUAAUGUUGAUUACUGAUGGAGCUGUGGACACGUACGAUACAAUAUUUGCAAAAUAUAAUUGGCCAGACAGAAAAGUUCGUAUUUUUACCUAUCUGAUUGGAAGAGAAGCUGCUUUUGCUGAUAACCUGAAGUGGAUGGCCUGCGCUAACAAAGGGUUUUUUACUCAGAUCUCUACCUUAGCUGAUGUUCAAGAGAAUGUCAUGGAAUAUCUCCAUGUUCUUAGCCGACCAAAGGUUAUUGAUCAAGAGCAUGACGUAGUAUGGACUGAAGCAUAUAUUGACAGCACUCUCCCUCAGGCUCAAAAGCUUGCUGAUGAUCAGGGAUUGGUGUUGAUGACAACUGUUGCCAUGCCAGUAUUUAGUAAGCAAAAUGAGACUAGAUCUAAAGGGAUACUUCUGGGAGUAGUUGGCACAGAUGUUCCAGUUAAAGAACUUCUAAAAACUAUUCCAAAAUACAAGUUAGGUAUUCAUGGAUACGCUUUUGCAAUUACAAACAACGGAUAUAUUUUGACUCAUCCAGAACUUAGGCCUUUG